AUGGCGAAAAAAACCUUUGAUGAAGUUGAGCUAAAAAGCAACCCCAAUUUACCUCCUUGGAUCUUAACUCCAAAAGAAGAACAGUUGAUUUUUGAGAGAUGGAGAAAAAAAGCAUUUGCUAGAUGUGACGACCUUAUCAAAGCUUACAUCGAGUGCAGCAAUAGCUAUCAACAUCCCAUAGAGGCUUAUAGGAAAUGUGAGGAAGCAAACAAAAGAUCGACCGGCUGUGUUACUAAUUAUCAAAGAGUCGAAUAUCUUGAUGAUGAACGGGACAUAUUGAUUAAGGAAAAGUUGGAGAAGAAAAAGAACUUUCAAAAGUAG